UCCAGUCCAUCAUUAGUCCAAGUGAUGUCCAGCUAUGACGACACCACCUCCGCGCAAAAGUCAAACGCCCACGAAAACAGCUCGGAGACAGCUGACACCGCUGGAAAUUAUGUUGAAACUUGGACUGUCAAAACUACGAUCAGAAAAAGCUUUGGCUGCUACAGGACAUCGCGGAGCUGAAUCAGCAACCAGGUGGUUAUUGAAACAUGUCCAGGACCCGUAUCUAGAUGCUGAUAAUCCUCGGGAAUAUAUUUUGUAUGCUUGUCCAACUGGACAUCUUGCUGAUAAACUCAAUAAGUUUUGGGGUGACAGCAAAGAACUGGAAUGGAACAAAGCUCAUGAUUAUAUGCCUCAUAUUACAUUACUCCGUUUUUUUAAGGUGCCUGAUAAAAAUGCAGAGCAAGUAUCGACUGCCCUGGAAACUUUGCUCGAAGCUGGUGAAUCCAUGGACCGCGUGGACCUAGAGACAUAUGUGUCGCCCAACUUCAUGGGUCUCUUUAUCAAUGAACAGCAAGCCAGCUUCCUGGAGUCCGUUGUCGGGAGAUACAUCAGCAGACUAGCGGGACUAGGAAUCGCUGUGGAAGCUGACACGAAAUCAAUGCACGUGUCUCUGGCCUACGAGUUCUCUAGCAGUCACUUUCAGCUUUUGCGCUCGAUGAUCGAGAAGAUCAAUCUCUCGUCUAGUAACUGGGAGCUCAGACUCUACUCUCGGGAGCCGCGACACCGGACAUCGCGAGUCCACAAAGUUGUUCAGGCCUACGCUCCUCGGAAUAACGAUGAGUUGGAAUUGGGACCAGGUGAUUUUAUUUAUUUAAAAGAAGACUGCUCGACUGACGGCUGGGUUGAAGGUGUCUCAUACUUGACUGGUGUCUCAGGAUACUUACCCCUUAAUUACACAAAACGUACUGCUAUAACUGAUACCUGGACGUUGCAUAAAACAGUUGUGAUACCUACCAGUACUACUGCUACUGCUGCUACGAUACCAGAGUCAGUGAGUCCUAGAUGUAGAAAGCCUAUUUUUUUAUCUGAAUCAGUGGAUCUAGUUGAUGGUAUUCCUGCUGAUAGUGAACCAGUCGAAGGUUCUCCAGCAGCUUCUCUCAGACAAAUUUACAUUUGCCGGCAUGGAGAACGCGUUGACUUUACAUUCGGAGCAUGGAUCCCGUACUGCUUUGAAGCAGACGGCUGUUACAUCCGCCGAGACCUGAACAUGCCGGAAAAAAUUCCUCUUAGAAACAUCCAAGACUAUCAGAAUGACAGCCCCCUGACUACAGUGGGCGAGAUGCAGGCAAACUUGACCGGCGAGGCGAUGAAGUCUUCAAAUGUGAAAAUAGACCUGGCCUUUGCGUCUCCAUCUCUGAGAUGUGUCCAGACCCUGUCCCAGAUAUUAAAAGGACUCGGGUCGUCCGUCGAAAUAAAAGUGGAACCAGGUUUGAUUGAAUGGCUCGCCUGGUACCCCAAUGGCCUGCCCACUUGGAUGACUGGAGACGAGUUGAUCACAGCUGGUUUCAAUAUCGACAGAAAUUAUCAGCCAAUUAUUGCCAUCGACCAAUUACCGGGCAAAGAAAACGCCGCGCAAUAUUACGAGCGUAGUUACGGACUGAUUAAAAAAAUAAUAGCGGGUACUGUAGGGAAUGUGCUGAUAGUAGCGCACGCAGCUUCUCUAGCUGCUUGCACUCGACAAUUAACCGGCGGUAGAGUACCUUCAGCAGCUGAAGUUACGAGAUUAGUUCAACGAGUACCUUAUUUAGCUUGUUUAACCGCUUGUGAGGAAAUUGAUGGCUGGCAAUUACACCCACCACCAUUUCCACCAAUCACUCACACCAGCAAUAGUAGAUUCGAUUGGAAAAUAAUUGUCUAAAUAUUUUAAAUUUUGAAUACACAAUUAAUUAAUAAUUAAAUACCAAGUGCUAAUAAAUUAAAUUGAUCGUUAAGACUGUCGUGAUACAAUGAAUUUUAAUAUUAUCGUGAUUUAAAAUUAAUUAUAUAGUCGUUUAACUUUUUAACGUGCAAUUUAAAUCCAAAUUUUUGCCUCUCGAUGUCAAUUAAUUAUAAUAUAUAUAAAUAUAAAUAUAAAUAUAUUAAUGUUAAUUAUCAAGUACUUUGGUUUAAAUAAUAUCAAGUUAAAAUUAAACCAUAGCAAGACUAACACACAGUACAAAUAAUAAAACGGAUUUAUUUUGUCCGCUGGUUAAAUUUCCGACGUCAAUUACCGCAAUAGAUUUUAGAUAUAAUUCGCAGCAGCUAUU